CCCCUCCAAAACCCUAAUUUAUCCAAAACCCUAGCAGGCCAGUUCUCAGAACACACGCAGAGAGAGAGAGAGAGAGAGAGACUGUGAGAGAGGAGCGAAAAUGUCGAUGUCAAAGAGCUCGAAGAUGCUGCAAUUUAUAAACUACAGGAUGAGGGUGACAAUCCAGGACGGCCGGCAACUCGUCGGGAAGUUCAUGGCCUUCGACCGCCACAUGAAUCUCGUCCUCGGAGACUGCGAGGAGUUCCGGCGCCUUCCCCCUGUCAAGGGCAAGAAGGAGGAGCGCGAGGAUCGUCGAACCCUUGGCCUCGUUCUCCUCCGUGGUGAGGAGGUCGUCUCUAUGACCGUCGAGGGCCCUCCUCCUCCCGAAGAAUCCCGCGCCAAGUCCGUCGUUGCUGGCGCCGGCCCUGGCAUUGGCCGCGCUGCCGGCCGCGGCAUCCCGACUGCUCCACUCGUCCAUGCGCAGCCCGGUCUCGCUGGCCCUAUCCGCGGCGUUGGCGGCCCGACUCCCGGCAUGAUGCAGCCGCAGAUCUCUCGACCUCCGAUCCCGCAAGUGUCCGCUCCGCCGAUCUCUUACCCGCCUCCUGCCGCUCCACCUGGGAUUCGUAUGCCGGGUAUGCCUGGCCAGCCUCCCCCGCCCUUGCCUCGCCCUCCGAUGCCGCAGAUGGCUGCUAGACCGGGCGUGCUCCCCCCUAUGCCGGGCGGCCCAGGGAUGCCGCCACCUCCUCAGCCGUUUGGCGUUCGCCCGAUUGCUCCGCCUCCUCCGCAGGUGAUGAGGGGACCUCCGCCUCCUAUGCGGCCAGGAAUGGGGCCGCCUCCGCAAGGUGUGCCGCCGCCACCUCGGCCGGGAAUGCCUCCUCCGCCUGGAGGGUCAGUUCCAGUGUUUGGACCGCCUCGUCCUGGCGGCCCCCCUCCGCCUCCUAACCAGCAAUGAUAAUCAAGGACGUCAGACUGGUCCUGGUGCUUUACUCUCUGCCCUGGUGAUCUGUAUAGGACUGAACGUUGGGUUUUGUGAUGGAGGGGUUUGAUUGUUACUGUUUAUUUUACCUUUCCUUGAUGCGUACUUUGAACUCGAUUUUCAUGUGACUGGCCCAUCUCUCUCUCUCCCCCCCUCUCUCUCUUAGUUGGAAACGAGAAAUUAUAAUUGUAUUUUAGAAACUGGAUAGCAUGUUUAGAGUCAUGGUGGCAUAAGAUCUUCACAUGUAUCUCUCCUUGUUUGUUUGGAUAUUAUAACUUCUAUUUCCUUCA